AUGGUUGAAGUACCCGGGGGACAGUUUCCAUCCUUGGGGCAUCCGACAGACACUCCAGGGUUGUCGGUUGGUGCAUAUAUCAAAGUGUUUGCCAACUUCACCAUUGAUCCAAGGGACUUUGCAGUAUGGUACUUGGAAACGGCCAACGUCACAUGGCAGAAGAAUAGGGAGAAGGACAACUUGCACAUCAGUUCACGGCCACACAGAGAGAUGCCACAGUUUGGUUUCCCCACACAGCCAGAGAUGGACAUUGAUUCAGAGGACAGUGGAAACUUGUGUGUGAUGCAUGACACAGUUGCACCAGAGUCGACCAUGAACUUGAUCUCUCGUCCAUUCACCUCGAGGACCACCAUUGGCUCACUCCGCCAGUUGCGGAGCGGGGGUGGGGGCUGUGGCAUGUCAUUGGGCGUCCACAUCUGCUGCUGUCCGUUGUAG